AUGCGUCAAUUAAAAAAUUAUGGUCGUCGUUCCUCCUCUGUAACUUCUAAAAAAAUGGAUUCAGCAGUUGUAUUAUUCGAAGAUAUUAAAAGAAAAGUGAAGGAAAUCGACGAACAUGAUUCAUUCCUUUGCGAAAACGAUAACAUAUCAGAGCACUCUCCGAAAAAAGAUAAAAUCUGUCAUUUUGAAAAAAUCCCUUUGGAAAUUAAAAUUAAAAUUUUCAAAUGUUUGGAAAUAGAUGAAAUCGUUAAGGUUUGUCAUGGUUGGCAUAAACUUGCUUAUGACGGUUCAUUAUGGUCGGAAAUAAAUUUGAAAGAUUUUCAUCGAACGAUAACUGCAGAUCAAAUUCUUCGAUUAAGUAAAGCAGCAGGAGGGUGUGUCCAACUUUCAGCAUAUCAUCUAAAAGAAUUGGCGCCUUGUUGUCCAAACAUCCAUACUCUUAAACUUCUCGGUUGUCGCUUCCUUGAUAAUGAUUCCAUUAACAUUCUACUUUCACGCCUUGAUAACCUUGAGGUAUUGGAUUUAUCUGGAUUAGUUAUCAUAACGAAUUUGAUAUGCCGAACACUUUCCAGAAAAUGUAAAAGAUUGAAGCAUAUUAAUCUUAAUUGGUGUCAACAAAUAAAUUCUGUGGGAAUAGAAUAUUUGGUAAAAGGAUGUCAAGAAUUGGAAUGCUUAAAAAUUAAUGGUCUUUCAAAAAUUUCGGAUCAAAUGAUGACGAAAAUAGCUUUAUUACCAAAUCUUAAAAUUUUAUCAAUGGAAUCAUGUCCAACAUUAAAUGACGAUCAUAUUUCCAUUCUACUCAAGAAUCAACCAUCACCAUCUCCUUUAACUCAUAUAGAUUUAUCCAACAAUCAACUUUUAACCGAUGAAACUUUAAAAGAACUAGGAAAUUCAUGUCCGGAACUAUCACAUUUAGAAGUUCACGAAUGUACAAAUUUCACUGAUAACGGUUUCAUAUAUAUUGCUUCUAAAUGUACAAAACUUGAGGUGAUUGAUUUAGAGGAUUGUCCGUGCAUUAACGAUGAGGUUCUUCAAUCAUUCGCUGCUCAUCUUUCAGAUCUUAAAAAGAUCUGUUUAAGUUAUUGUGAACUAAUUACAGAUGAUGGAGUAAUUACACUUUUACAACAAUGCACAAAGAUAUCUCGUAUUGAUCUUGAUCAUUGUCAGUUGCUAACCGAUGCAGUUUUACAUAACCUUUCUUUAAUAUUGAAUGAUAACAGGGUGAAUUUUAUGGAAGUAGAGAUAUUUGAUUGUCGAAAUAUUUCAAUUUCUGCGGUUAGAGAAACUGUAAAGAAAGCUACGGAUUCUGGUGUACAUUUAAAGCUUAAAGGAUAUUACGCGUGGCAGGCUAAUAGCAAUACAGAUUCCGAUGAUGAUGAUAAUGGGGGAAGAAUUGGUGGUUCUAGUUGGGUUAGAAACAAUAGGUUAAUUAGGCGUCUUACUGGUACACAUGGUUCAUUACGAAGUCAUUUAGGUGCGACAUUUCGUAUUAGAA